AUGGAGGGAGCAGAGAAGAUGCAGAGCAAUGACAAACCUCUAAAAUCACAAGUCGCCAUUCGCUGUGCCAAAGCUGCUAUUCUGCUCUGUUCGCUCAAAUCGUUCCCAAACCACCACUUGACAACUUCAAUCGACGACCAAGGAGAGCAGGAGAUGAUGAUGAGAGAAAUCGGCGAUUUGAAGAUGGAAUUGGCGAGGGAGCGAUUUAAGAGUAAGAGGAUCAGGCUUUGUGGGUUGAUGGAGGUGAUUCUUCAGGUCACGGUGAUGAAAAGAGAAAUCGGCAAAGCAUGGUGGGGAAAUCAUGCCACUGUGUGCAACACUUUGACACCUUUGAAGGCUUUGAUAAGGAGAAGGGGGAAAAAAAUAAACUAG